UUUGCUCGGAUCACAACUUAUUUAACUUUCUUGUCCCUCACACAAACAAAAUAACUUAAUAUUUACCAUUUACCAUCAAAUAUAUUUAAAACACUUUGCCUUGCACAGUGCUUAUUGGUUUCCACUUUACCUUUCCCUAAUUUCGACUGUUCUUGAAAUUGAACCUUUUUCGAUUUAGGGUAGUAAGAAAGCGUUGCAAAUUGUAAUCGAUAUGGCUAGCGCAAUGGUAGAAGAUGCUAACUUCGAAGAUGACCAGUUGGCUAAUAUGACCACCGACGACAUCGUCAGAGCUUCUCGUCUUCUCGAUAACGAGAUUCGCAUCCUCAAGGAAGAGUUGCAGAGGACGAAUCUGGAUUUGGAAUCUUCUAAGGAGAAGAUUAAAGAGAAUCAGGAGAAAAUUAAGCUUAACAAACAAUUACCCUACCUUGUUGGUAAUAUUGUUGAGAUAUUGGAAAUGAAUCCAGAAGAUGAAGCUGAGGAAGAUGGUGCCAAUAUCGAUCUUGACUCACAAAGGAAGGGAAAAUGUGUUGUGCUAAAAACAUCUACUCGACAGACAAUCUUCCUUCCAGUUGUUGGACUGGUUGACCCUGACAAACUUAAACCCGGUGAUCUGGUUGGUGUAAACAAAGAUAGUUACUUAAUCCUGGAUACUUUGCCUUCUGAGUAUGAUUCUAGAGUUAAGGCAAUGGAAGUUGAUGAAAAACCAACAGAGGACUACAAUGACAUUGGUGGAUUAGAGAAGCAGAUCCAGGAAUUAGUUGAAGCCAUUGUUUUGCCAAUGACCCACAAGGAACGGUUCCAGAAGUUAGGAAUUCGUCCUCCCAAAGGAGUGCUCUUAUAUGGACCACCAGGGACUGGGAAAACUUUAAUGGCCCGUGCCUGUGCAGCACAGACAAAUGCCACUUUUCUAAAAUUAGCAGGUCCUCAGCUGGUUCAGAUGUUCAUAGGAGAUGGAGCAAAACUUGUUCGUGAUGCAUUUCAACUUGCAAAAGAGAAGUCGCCAUGCAUUAUAUUUAUAGAUGAAAUUGAUGCAAUCGGUACAAAGCGUUUUGAUAGUGAAGUGAGUGGGGAUAGGGAGGUACAAAGAACAAUGUUGGAGUUGCUCAAUCAGCUUGAUGGUUUUAGUAGUGAUGACCGAAUUAAGGUGAUAGCAGCAACAAACCGUGCAGAUAUUCUUGAUCCUGCCCUCAUGCGUUCUGGUCGAUUGGACCGCAAGAUUGAGUUUCCUCACCCAACUGAAGAAGCAAGAGCUCGAAUUCUGCAGAUUCAUUCAAGGAAGAUGAAUGUUCACCCAGAUGUCAACUUUGAAGAACUAGCUCGGUCCACAGAUGAUUUUAAUGGAGCACAACUGAAGGCGGUCUGUGUUGAGGCUGGCAUGUUGGCUCUACGUCGUGAUGCCACUGAGGUGAACCACGAGGACUUCAAUGAAGGUAUAAUUCAAGUCCAAGCAAAGAAGAAAGCAAGCCUGAACUAUUAUGCAUAAGCUAGAUUCGCGAAAAAGAGAUUUUUCGGCAAAAAAAAUGUGACAUCUCAGGCUAAGGGAAAAUCCCAAUUUGAUAUUCGACUUUUGUUUACUUUUCUUGUGCUAUUUUACUCUAAUCACAUGAUUUAUUAUACCUUGCCAAGAUCGUCGUCAUCAUCUUUUAUAAAACAUAAUGUAAUCAAUUUCGAAGAAGUAAUAGAAACUUGAUCCGCCUGCUAUAUUUAAUUAGUGUAAUCAGGUCUUUGACCAGUUGAAUUGGGAUCGAUCGUGUAAAAAAUGGCAUAGAAACCAAUAAGAUCAAGAAUUGGUUUGAACCAGUUA